AUGUUUAGCAAAUUAAUAACCCCACAAAUAAAAAAUUAUAAAAAUUUUUCAAAAUUUUCAAUAUUUUCACUUUCAAACACAUCAUCACUCUUGAAUAAAAGUAAUAAAAAUAUUAAUUUUAUCAAAUAUAAUAUUGCAACAAAAGAUUAUCAACUUUCUAAAACAAUUAUAAAUGAUCAAUUUACAUUAAUAAAUAAUAAUAGAUAUUAUUCAAUCAGAAAAAGUAUGGCCACAUUAUCAUCAUCGUCUUCGUCAUCAUCACCAACAACACCACCAACACCACCAACACCAUCAUCACCAUCAUCAAUGAAAACAGAAGUUGUUUCAUCAAUAUCAAAUACAACAACAGUGGAAAAUAAUAAUAAUAAUAAUAAUUCAACAUCAGAACCAACAAUCAAUCCAAUUUUUAAUAAUAAUGAAAAUAAUAAAACUCUUUUCGAUAAAAUUAUGAAGAAUACAUAUGAAUAUCCAAGAUUUAGUAAACAAUGGUGGACAGAAAAAGCAUACAUUUUCAUAGUCUUUGGUAUUACAGGUACUUCAUCACUUCAUGUAGUUAAAUUUUUAUUGAAAUAUUUAAUUGGUUAUCAAAAUCCAGUUAGUCCAUUCCGGGGAGGUUUGGAAUUAAUUCAAAAUGAUCCAAAAUAUGUAAUAGUUUAUUUUUUAACAAUGUAUACAGUUUAUCCUUUCAUUCUCAUUUCAUAUGGAACUUUAUUUGGAAGAUUUCAAUACUUUAUCAAACUCUUUAAUAGAAUGUCAAUUUUCUCUCAAUUAAAAAGAUUAUUCUUAAAAUUUUCAAAAAAAUCUUCAAAUAAAAAAGAAUAA